UCGGGAUUUUCAUAUGGCCGCAAGCUCUGACUGAUAGGAAUGAUGGUACUGUGGUAAAACAUAGAAAUAUCGUCAUCCAGGCCAAGCUCGCAUCGUGCGUUACCAGUCAGCUUGCGAUUGCAUGGUAAAUGCCGGGCGCAGUCGAUCAUCUUUUUCAGCCAGUUUGUAGUACAUCGGUUCCCCCUUUCUUUCUCUCUUCAAUAUUUCCAAAACUGAAGUGAUAUCACGUUCUGGUUAUCUUUAUCACCAUCCGCCAUUCAGGCUGCCGGAGAUGAAAAUCUGGCUCGUGACCGGAUCCUCGCGUGGCCUCGGCCUGGCGUUAGUGGAGGCUGUACUGGCCAGCGGCGAUUGUGUUGUGGCUACAGCUCGCGAACCCGACCAGCUCCUCGAGCUUGAGAAGCAGUACGGCCCUAAUCGUAUCAUCACGGCUGCUUUGGACGUGACGCGGCUGGACGAUGUGUCACAUACGAUACAGUUGGCUCAGAAAUGCUUCGGUGGUAUUGACGUUGUCGUCAACAACGCAGGAUACGCAGAGACCGCGCCCAUUGAAGACAUGAGUGAGGAAUCAUUCCACAAGCAAAUUGAAACAAACUUCUUCGGCGUGGUUAACCUCACUCGAGCUGUUAUACCAUUGCUACGGAAGCAGGGCUCUGGACAUAUCCUUCAAGUAUCGUCAGUCGGCGGGAGUGUUGGAUCUCCAGGAUUGGGGGCUUAUCAGAGCGGAAAGUGGGCAGUUUGCGGGUUCUCCACCGUUCUCGCGAAGGAGGUCGCGCCCUUCGGAAUUAAGGUUACCGUUUUGGAACCAGGUGGCAUGAAGACAGACUGGGCUGGGCCUUCAAUGGGUUACCCAGAGAUCAGCGAGGGCUACCAGGAAACAGUAGGCGCUAUGCGAGAAGCGAGGGCUCGCUCCGCGUCGAAGUGGUCCGAACCAACUGAGAUUGCACGCGCCAUUCUUUACAUCGCCAGAGUCGAAGACCCCCCACUACGCCUACUUUUAGGGCCCGACACUGUGAGCCAUGCCGAGGCAGCCUCUAGGUCUUUGGCCUCUUCGGACGAGAAGUGGAGGCACGUGACGAAUCUAACGUUCUGAAACAUGCGGGCUGCCACUGUUGAGACAGUGCUGCUAAGGUGGUCCGAUCUGCUGGUGGCUAGGAUGUGGAUACUAUGUAAGGAGCUAUGCUCCUCUCAGACACAUGUAACUUAGUACUAACAAGAACACAAUCAACCCUUUUUACUACAACAGCCACAAACGUGUUCUGCUAGGAAUGGCGACUGAUAACGUUGCAGAGACAGUUGAAGCAAGCCCGGAAUUGAGAAUAAUUGAGAGCGGACAGUGUGCAGGUAGUGUAGAUAAUUCAAGACUAGUACAGUUGUCUGGCGAGCAGUAGCUCUAUUCGUAU